AUUUAUUCCUAUCUCUAGAUGGACUCUUUACUUGAUUUGAUUCAGUCACUUGAGUCAGGAUUAACAGAUAUCAAAAUUACUUCACAAAAAGAAUCUAUUGAAGCGCUUAUUACUGGGAUGAAAAAUAUCCCACUUUCAAAUAUAACAUGUAAAGAGAUUGAUCAUCUUGUAGACUUUUUAUCGGAUCGUUUAGCUCUUUCUGAUCCAAAUAUUACAAAUUUGAUACUUGAUGGAUUUAUAUGGUUGACAAAAUCUGUUUGGUCUUCUAAUGGCUGCAGUCUAAUUAACUCGGAACAGGCUGAACGAAUUGUUCAAAAUGGUAUAUUUGGUCAUUUAUCUGUUCAGAGUUUAACAAAAUCUGGAAGAUUAAAAGUGUUUCAAUUGUUGCACUGUUUUUUAACAGGAUCACAGUUGACUGGUAUUCAGUCAAUGAAAUCCACUUUUAUCAAAAAUUAUCUUGUUGCUAUUGAUGGAGAAAAAGAUCCACAAAUUUUACAAUUAAUUUUUCAAAUGAAUGCAAUAAUUAUCAAAGCUUUGCCUUCAGUGGCAGAAUUCAUAGAUGAACUCUUUGAAACAACAUCAGUCUACUUCCCAAUAGAUUUUUCACCACCUCCUGGUGGUGGUAUUUCUGGUAUCACUCGUGAUGUACUCGUUGCUAGCCUACACAAGUGUCUUUUUGCCAUGCGAAAUACGACUGGUCAUCUAUUGAUGCCACUAAUCUGUGAGAAACUCGAAUCAGAUUGGACAGAUGGUCAGUUGGAUGCUUUAAGCUUACUAACUGACUGCUUACAUGGACAACUGAUGCACAGUAACGGGAAUGAUGGUGAUCAAGUUCUAUCCGAUGGGAAUCCAAUCGAAAUGCGACAUAUUUCUCCCUAUCUUGGUGUGAUUUUUCCUGCAUUGAUUAAAAUUGCGAAUCAAAUUGAGAAAAGAAGAAAUAAAACACAUGUCUCCGCUCUCGCCUUAUCCUGUGUCUCUGGCCUAAUUUAUGCUUACUCGAAACAGACUAACGAACAGUCUCAACUGGAGGAUUUCGCUGUAAUCUUAUUACGAAGUUUUGGUUUAUCAUCUGAUAAGUCAAAUAAAAAUCAGUCAUCAGUUAUAAUUCCUUCAGAUGUUAUCGUUGACUACAUCAUUGAAAGCUUUAAAUCUGCUCAAAACAAUGCUCUGUUAUGUUCAAUUCUCUUGAAUUACACUAUCCCGUGUUUAUCUUCUCCACUAAUCUCAGAUUCUGCUGGGGAUUCUUGUCAUCUCAUCAGUACAGAAGAACUAAAUGUCACUGUUGAGAAACUACCGAACUGGCAGUCAUGUAUAUCCUUGUUGAAUAGGAUCUUUCUCAGCAUUACUGAAGAAAAUUUAAUUAAAGCCCUUCAUAAUGAUGUACAAAUUAUGAAAACACUCAACAGAAUAAAAGAUAAUGGAUUUGCAAUGAUAACUAAACUACACGAAUACACAACAAAGUCAACUAAUUUGUCAGAAAUUCUCAACGGAAAAAUUAUACAUUUCUCAGUGCUAACCUGUCGUUUAUGCUAUUCAAUAAUGAAAUAUUCUACUGCUGUGCCUUCUCUUCCUGAUAAAAACAUCACAGUAAAUUCUUGUGAUUCCAAUACACCACCACAAACACAAUCAUAUUCCCUAGGAAUAGAUUCAAUCUUCAACAUAGUCUGUUCAACAAUCCUAUGGUUGAACAAGUAUUCCUCGGUGGAUCACAAUAAUAACAGUCAUACUAAUGCUGGUGAUGCUGAUCUGUUGGAGGAUGAAGCCAUAAAACCUGUGAAAGACGAAUUACUUUCAUUCAUCCCAGUUAUUUACUGUUCUUGUGAUCUGUUUGUUGCUAAAUUGGAUGAAUUUCUUUUUAGUUGUCUGAAAAACUGUCCGAUUAAACAGCCUAAAUCAGGUAAUAACAAUAUGAGUAAUAAUACUAAUAAGGAUUUCGCAAUGGAAGUUUUGAAAUACUGUUCAUUCAAAAAUAUGAAUUUAUUAAAGAAGGCCGUGGAGUUUAUUGUUGACAGACGCAAUUGUGAGAGUGAUAUUUGCAACGAUUGGAUGUCACUAGCUAUUAACCAUUCAUCCAAAAUUACUGAGACAUAUUGGGUUGACAGUUUUACAUCACUAUUGUGCUUUAUAUGCGAAGGCAUAGUUGAUAAUUAUAACAGUAAUAAUAAUAAUAAUACUCGUAAUCAAACAGAUCAGCAUCUUCAUUAUCUAUCACCUAUAUCCUACUUAUUUGAAUUAUGUCAAAAUAUACAACUAUUUGUCAAUUUUACCAAUCACUACUCUUUGCACGAUUCCACUGAAAUCAAAUUUAUACAGAAUCAAAUUAUUAAGCUGAAUUCAAUUUUUCGCAUUAUCACAAGUCAAUGUAAUUCAUCCGAUCAAAUACUUGUCUAUCACCUGUACAAAGACUACUAUGAUGAAGUGAAUACAAAUCACUAUCCAUCUCCGCUUACUCUUGGCCUGUUUACGAUCCUGUGUGGAAUUAUUUCCGGACUACGACCAGAUGUAAUAAAAUCUGAAAAUCCUGUUAGUUUAUUGGAUUUCUUUGUAAAUAAUAUUGAGAAUAUUCUUCAUCACAUCCAAUGUUCGAAUCCUCUUCUGUUGUCGGUAUUUUCACAGACAGUUGCGUCUUUGCUAAAUAAGACUGAUGAUGAAUGUUUUACAAAUGUAAAGCAGUGCUUGUCCAGUUGUUUAGAUCACUUUUUCACAUCGAUGCAGAUUACUGGAAGCCAAAACACAUUCGUCUGUUUUCUGGUAUUAUGGUCAAUUCGUGGUCUCUUGUCCUCAUAUGCAUAUAAUGAAAGCGAUAAUCGCACCGCUCAUAAAGAAUUGGGUGAUUUUCUGAUUAAGUCAAGAAUGAUUACAUUUACACCGUUGGGUUUUGAUAUAUCAAGUUAUCAAAAAACCGUAUUAUCUGCUGAAUUUCAAUGUGUAUGCAGUUGUCUUGACCAAGCUGAUGAAAUACUGUUAAAGUCAUUGAAUUCAACCUCUUCUUCUUCUUCUCUGUGUACAUUCAGUCAUUGUUAUAUUACAGAUUCAUAUAUUCGUAAUAUCCUUCAACAGAUUAUUGAACCUAUGCAUAGUGAAAUUAACCUAUUGAUAGACAGGAUUAGAUCACAACCAGAACUUCUUAAAACGCACAAUUGUUUUACAGCAUUUUUAGAUCAUCUAUUGGCGUUCUACUUGAAAAUAACAGUUCGAUUACCAUCCGAAUUCUUCACUGAUGAGCUGAUAAGGAAGGUAAUCCCAUUCGCUUUGUACGCCGUCACAUCAAUUGAUAAUACUAAAACUCAACUUGCUGGUUUACACUUCAUAUCAGUUGUUAGUGAAAAAUACAGUCAAAAUUCUGAAUUAUGCAGUUUAAUCUCACAAAAUCAAGCUGAUGAUCUUUUUGGUCGAUUGCCAAAAUUAAUGGAAAUAUCAUCCACAAAUGUAAAGCAGUGCUUGUCCAGCUGUUUAGAUCACUUUUUCACAUCGACGCAGCCUACUGGAAGCCAAAACACAUUCGUCUGUUUUCUGGUAUUGUGGUCAAUUCGUGGUCUCUUGUCCUCAUAUACAUAUAAUGAAAGCGAUAAUCGCACCGCUCAUAAAGAUCUGGGUGAUUUUCUGAUCAAGUCAAGAAUGAUUACAUUUACACCGUUGGGUUUUGAUAUAUCAAGUUAUCAAAAAACCGUAUUAUCUGCUGAAUUUCAAUGUGUAUGCAGUUGUCUUGACCAAGCUGAUGAAAUACUGUUAAAGUCAUUGAAUUCAACCUCUUCUUCUUCUUCUCUGUGUACAUUCAGUCAUUGUUAUAUUACAGAUUCAUAUAUUCGUAAUAUCCUUCAACAGAUUAUUGAACCUAUGCAUAGUGAAAUUAACCUAUUGAUAGACAGGAUUAGAUCACAACCAGAACUUCUUAAAACGCACAAUUGUUUUACAGCAUUUUUAGAUCAUCUAUUGGCGUUCUACCUGAAAAUAACAGUUCGAUUACCAUCCGAAUUCUUCACUGAUGGGCUGAUAAGGAAGGUAAUCCCAUUCGCUUUGUACGCCGUCACAUCAAUUGAUAAUACUAAAACUCAACUUGCUGGUUUACACUUCAUAUCAGUUGUUAGUGAAAAAUACAGUCAAAAUUCUGAAUUAUGCAGUUUAAUCUCACAAAAUCAAGCUGAUGAUCUUUUUGGUCGAUUACCAAAAUUAAUGGAAAUAUCAUCCACAAGUAAAGAGUAUGUGAAUAUUCGUCUGACAAUUGCACGAUGUUUAAACAAUCUUAUCCGACUGCCUGAACAAGUAGUUAAUCGCCAUCGUGAUAUCACCGUUCUACCUGUACUUGAUCAACUCGUUGAUGAUCCUAACAGAUUUGUACGUAUUGAAGCUGUUCGAGCACGUAAUCUAUGGCUGAUGUGAUGUACAUGAAAAUAUUUGACAGCAGUAAUUCAGCUUAUAAAAGUAAACAAUACUGUCGUCUGGUUGUAUCAUCCAUCACUGUACAAGUACUACUAACACUGUGGGAUAUGUGUGUAUAUUUUUCUACUAUUUGAUUACAAAUAAUAAAUCUUUCUCUGGAAUAAUCCUGAUUUCCUUCUUAUUUUGUUCUGGG